AGGCCCCCCAGGAUAACCUGGCAACACCCCCCCCCCGAAAAAAAAAUUGUUACCGAGGCCCCCUGUCUCUUUUCAGGGCUGAGUUGAUCUCUGAUCAUUUAAAUUGCCAGGAGCGAUCCUGAGCUGUGGCGUAAUGGAGUUGUGGGUAGCAGAGAGGGCGAUGCACAGCAGUAUUUAUUACACGCACACACACACGUAUCAGUGACCUGCAUGGGGUCUUGUAGUGGAAGUAACAAUGGGGUGCAGAGUGAGUGUUUUGGGGAGGGUUAUUGGAGGAUCAGUGAGAGGAGAGUAACUCAGUCUCCUGUCUGACGAAGUGGGUAUUCACCCACGAAAGCUCAUGCUCCAAUACUUCUGUUAGUCUAUAAGGUGCCACAGGACUCUGUGUUGCUUUUUACAGAUCCAAAAUAACAGGACUACUACCCCUUCUGAUACUCAGUACCAGAUUAGCUACCUUUUAUUAUUCAUUGCACAGUGUGCUGUGGAGUCUGUGGCAGUUGUCAAAAAGCUGAGUUUACCUGUCUUGUGUUUUUUUGUGAGCUUACAAACAGUGCAUUUAACUCUAUUUGCUUUGUAAUAAAUCAUUAAAAUAUCACUGUUUGUUCCUGGAAUAUGAACAUAGCUUCUCACAUUGUAAACUCUCCUUUUUCUCAGAAGAGGUGAGCAUGGCACUAUAUAAAUAGCGGGUGGCGUAACCAUUUCUGGAGUGUACACAACUCAGUAACUACACUGUGUUCUGAUAGUGAUCAUAAUUGUGGCAUGCACACUCCAGAAUAAUGCCCGGACCUGUAACACUGUGAUCUGUGGAGAAGUCUGUACUCUGCACAAGAGCUGCAAAUGAGUGCAACUAGAGUAUUAAAAGGUGUGGGGUGGGAUUUUACCUUUGAUUUUAGCUAGCACUUUAGGAAAACAGAUGUGUAAUUAUUGGAAAAGAGAAGUUUAAAUGGGGUAUGUUUAAAAUUCUGCAUAUGAAGCAGAUGUUUUCCACAAAAUGAAGACCAGUCUGUGCUACAGAAAUAACCAUUUCAAAGUCUCUCUCUACAUUACCAGUGUAACUUAAAGGACCCCUGUUACAACUUGAUUGUCCCCUGACCGAGUUACAAGAUUACUGUUGCUUGUAGUGUGGAUGAGAACUGUUGAUGUCCCCAAAAUUGGGCUAAAGCUUGGUCAGAUUUCAUGAUGAUUUUUAGUGUAUAAUGGACCAUAAAACCGCAGCUCUGAAACAUGGUUAUGGUGCUUUGUGUGUACAAGAAGCAAAAAAGUUUGUUUAACCUUGUCAGGGAGCCACAGCAGAGCCCUGGUAGGGCCACAACCAUACUUCACAAUUGUAUUUAAACAUGGAGAUUUUAAUAGUGUAAAGAGGGCCUGAAUGGAGGGAAGGAGAUAAACAUCCUGAAGAUAAUAGUGUGGACAAACAAACCUCAAGAAAAACAAGGUCUUAAGGGAUGGAAACUCUUGCUGAAUGUAUAGAACAAUUUAGCUGUGGGCAGAUUUACUGAAUCUAGAAAACAACACUAAGGCUGCUGCUUCUGCAGUUAUUGUUAGGACAGCGCAGCAAAGCACUGCAAAUAAAAAUUUGCAUUGUACUUUCUGCAAUGGAACUUUUUAGUGGGUGGGAAACAACUAGAUUAACUUGGAAUUAUAAAUUAAGUGCUUUCCUUCUGUAACUCAUUCUUUAAAAGAUGAAGAUGUACUCUAUAAACUGUCUCUCUUAAAUAGAGUAAGUGGUUUGCUUUCUUUUCCCAGAAUGAAUUGUGAGUCUGUAAAAGUGAUAUCAACAGUGUCAUUAUUUUGUAAGGGCCGGAUGGAGUUGAAAUAGUUUCUGAGGGGGAUGAUCUCGCUUAACUCUUAGAAGAGACAAUGAGAAAUUGCACUCACUUCUGAGGAAAUUUCUUUCCAACAGUUGCUCUUUAUUCUAUUGCAUUCUCCACUGAAGGUGAUGCUUGGAGCUGCAGAAGCUUGCGCCACAAGAAAGUAUGUAUUCUAUUGAGGAGGCGGUGGAUAUAUUUUUUUCCCUUCACUUCUGCCUGUGCCUCUUGAUUAUCAUCUUUUUGGUAAUGUAUGUCCAUGGACUUAGCAUCCUGUUAUAUUUUCUUUCACCCUUCACUGCAGGCAAUUUCGGAGGCUCUCUGGUUCUUUUUUCUGCCAGUUUCUUUUGAAGUCUAUUAACCCCCUUCUGGUGUUAUUGCAAACAGGGAAUCUGGAUGUUCCUUGAAUUUUGGCAAACACGGGACAUAUUUUUAUUACUUAUUUUUUAUUAUUAUUGCUUGGACUCUGUAGUGGAAAAGGGACAAUGAAUAAGAAGGGGAACCAGAACCCGUAAUCUUAUUUAGCAAUUCAAGUGGAAACAGUAACUGACAUGGUGGUAAAAAUUUUAGAACUUGCUAAAAAUUGUUGAAGAAGAUGGGAGGUGCAGUGAGUGCAGGAGAAGAUAAUGAUGAGUUAAUCGAUAAUCUGAAAGAAGCACAGUAUAUCCGAACAGAGCUGGUGGAGCAGGCAUUCCGUGCCAUUGAUCGAGCAGACUACUAUCUUGAUGAUUUUAAGGACAAUGCUUACAAAGACUUGGCGUGGAAACAUGGAAAUUUUCAUCUUUCUGCACCGUGCAUUUACUCUGAGGUGAUGGAAGCUUUGGAUCUACAGCCGGGACUGUCGUUCUUGAAUCUGGGCAGUGGCACUGGUUACCUGAGUUCUAUGGUUGGACUCAUCUUGGGUCCUUUUGGUGUUAACCAUGGUGUGGAGCUUCACUCUGAUGUUAUAGAGUAUGCAAAGCAGAAAUUGGACUUCUUCAUCAGAACAAGUGACAGCUUUGACAAAUUUGAAUUCUGUGAGCCAUCCUUUGUUACUGGCAAUUGUUUAGAGAUCUCUCCAGAUUCUACUCAGUAUGACCGUGUUUACUGUGGUGCUGGGGUACAGAAAGAACAUGAGGACUACAUGAAGAGUCUGCUAAAAGUUGGGGGAAUUCUCGUCAUGCCACUCGAGGAAAAGCUGACGAAGAUAACGCGCACUGGUCCUGCUGCCUGGGAAACCAAGAAGAUCCUUGCUGUUUCUUUUGCUCCUCUGAUUCAACCCAUUCAUGCAGAUUCAGGGAAAUCGAGACUUGUUCACUUGCCACCAAUAACUGUCCGCAGCCUACAGGAUCUGGCUCGCAUUGCCAUCCGAGGAACAAUUAAGAGGAUAAUACAUCAAGAAACAAUGAACAAAAAUGGAAAUGGUCUGAAAAACCCCCCAAGGUUUAAACGAAGACGUGUUCGCCGCCGUCGCAUGGAAACCAUUGUCUUCUUGGAUAAAGAAGUCUUUGCCAGUCGUAUCUCAAACCCCUCAGAUGAUAACAACAACUGUGAGGAGAUUGAGGAGGAGAGGAGAGAAGAGGAGGAAAAGGGUAUCUCUGAACUGAAGCCAGACCCCCCUGUAAACUUUCUGAGAGAGAAGGUCUUGAGUCUGCCUUUGCCUGAUCCCCUGAAAUAUUACCUGCUUUAUUACAGAGAAAAAUAAGUUUCUUGUUCAUAGAAAGCAGAAAGGUAGACAUAAAAAUAAAAUACUUCUUAGGGCUUGACAAAUGUGUACCACUUGCUUGCCUGUUAACAUGACCACACAUGGCAGUAGGCUGGCUAGCUGGGGAAUGUGGCUGCUGUAUUUUUAAACAUCAUAGCUUUUUUUAAGUUUCCUCUCCUUCUUGGUUGUAUGCUAGAGUUUUAUCCUGCAGCAGUGUUCCCUUUUAAAAAGCAAGCUGAUGAAGUGCUCAGUUGCUUAGAGAGAGAAGGAUAUCAUUCCCUGAAAACUAACUACACAGAGAUGUCUGUUGAAAUCUCUUGGCUGCAUUUUCACCAAAUUGCAGUUUUAAAUAUUCUGAGGCAGUGCUCUAAAGACUUCAUUGUCCAUGCUCUCCUACUAACUUUGACACGAAUGGAGUACACAUUUGGUUUCAUUUUUAAAUGGAGAUAUUGGUAAAAUCUGACCUGGUAAACCUUAUUUGUUCCAGUAAUAUGCAAAAAACACAAACAUACAAAAUCAGACUUUGGUAGUACUUUGAGAUAUCCAGGUUUUGAACACUGAAGCAAAGCACUGGCCACCUUUUGAUUGGUGGGUCUCAGGUUAGCUAUAAACCUUACUUUUUUUUAGAUUUUGAGGGAAGAGGAAUGUUUGGCAGGGAGUUGGUGUUUCCUUCACAGAAAACAGCUUGUUCUGUAAAAUCCAGUCUGAGGUGAGAUGCAAGCUAUGUAAGGUUUAAAAAGAAAUAAGGAGAGCGAAUUUCAUUUAGAGUUGCUAAACUGAUCCGCUGACUUUCAAAGAUUGCUAGAGUGAUCAGGUUUGUUGCUGUUUCCUCUGGCACCACUUAUAAAGUAAUUCAGAAAAAAAUGGAUGAAGAAAGGACAGACCUAGCGAGGAGCUAAACUAAGACUGGUUCUGAUAGCGCAAUCAACAGACCUUAUGAGUUAAUGUGUGACUGCUGUGCUGAACAUAAUGUAAGGCAGGUAGUCUCAGGCAUUCCUAGCCUGAACUAAAGGAAGUAGCCAGUGUCCUGGGAAAUGAACCAAAUUUUGUUUUUCAGAGGUUGAACAGAAAGUGGAAACAGUCUAGGAAGCCAAAGUGAGUGGUUAUGCUACUGACACAUAAUGCUUAAGUGCCCUGUUUGGGGCUCUGCUGUAGCAAGGAGACUGCAGUGCUGUUCACCUAUACCUUGUCCUUUUAGGUUAGCAGGAACUAGAUUUACAGCCUUACUAGUUCAUUUAAUUUUUAUUUGUUUCUUUAAGUAGCUUGUAUAGAAAGACAAUAACCUGCAGUUUCAUAGAGUAUAAAUUCUAAUCUUUAUUCUCAAGUCUUCCUGUAAUGAAGGUUAGGAAGAGAUUUAUAUUCAUGUGUUGAGGGGAAGAUUGCUUGAUUAUUUUAGCCUGUUUGAAAAAAUCUGUGUACAGUGUUGGGGGCUAGAAGGAAACAAUUGAGGCUGCGUUGAUUUGGAUCACUCAAAGGCUGACUAAAUAAUAAUCCUAUCAGUAGAUAACCCAGCUAUGUUAGUAGGGUAUUUCCUCAUCAGUUGCAGUUGGUGGGCUUGAUCUCAUUUGUAUGGUCUCCUCAACUUGCUAAGAGGAGUGAAUGAAGAUUGUUUUGCCAAAACACAUUAACUCAGACUUUGUUACAUGGUACUGAAUCGCACAAUUUGCAUUGUCUGAGUUGUGUGUUUUAAAUCUUGUGCAACACUUUUUGAAAAUGUAGGAAUUAGUCUAAUGUGUCUAAGCAAUGCUUUUAUGCUCGCUCCCUUUUUAAGUCUUCAAAUACCCACUCUGUACUUGUGACAAUUAACAUGUCUUUUUCUAUAAAAUACAAUGUAUGGAUGUCCAAUAAAAUCCCUGUGAACUGCA